GCCGGGAUUAGGGGCCCGGGGGCCGGCGCCCCGCCCCGGGCAGGUGCGCGGCUCCGCCAGGUGCGCCCCGCCCGGCCCGGGGGCCCCGCCGCUGGCUGAGCCGGGCGCCGGGCCGCGACGGGGGCCCAGGUGGUGCCCCGAGGCCGGGCCCGCCCCCAGGGGCCCGGCGCCCCCGCGGCGUUCCGCGGGGCCCGGGGCGCGGCGGCGGCUGGUGCGGACGCGGGCCCCGCCUCCCGGGACGGGAGGCCCGGCGGCUCUCUAGCCCCCCGCGUGGGGCCGGCCGAGCUGCGCGGCGCCCUCCGGCCGCAGGGGGCGCUGUGGCCGCGGGGCUGGGCUUCGCCGCGUCCUCGCUGACCCCGCUUGUCGGUUCACCAUGGCGGCCGCGUUCGUGCUUCGCGGCCUGGGCAGAGCAAGGCCCGUGCUUCGCCCGCCGCCCGCGGAGCUGCUGCGGGCCCCGCGGCGCGGGCACCGGCUCACGCCGGCGGACGACGAGCUGUACCAGCGCACGCACAUCUCCCUGCUGCAGCGCGACGCCCCGCACGCCGCCUACGUGGAGAGCUACAGCAGCCGCGGCUUCGUGGUCAACGGGAACCGCGUGUUCGGGCCCUGCGCGCUGCUCCCGCACUCGGUGCUGCAGUGGAACGUAGGGUCCCACCUGGACAUCACGGAGGAAAGCUUCUCGCUCUUCUGGAUGCUGGAGCCCCCGCUAGAGAUCGUGGUGGUGGGCACCGGGGACCGCACCGAGAGGCUGCCCUCGCGGGUACUGCGCGCCAUGAGGCAGCGGGGCCUGGCCGUGGAGGUGCAGGACACGCCCAACGCUUGUGCCACUUUCAACUUCCUGUGUCACGAAGGCCGAGCGACUGGAGCUGCUCUGAUCCCCCCACCUGGAGGGACCGCGCUCGCUCCUCUGGCCCAAGCUGCAGAGUGAACAGGGACCCACCCGACCUUCCCGGAGCCCCUCCCUGUAGCCUGUGCCGAGUCUGCCUCCCUGAAUUAAACUCUUAUCUGCUCUG